AUGUCCUACAACGCUAUACCUCAUGACUCGCUCCAGCAAGUCGACCCGGUCCCGCUACCGGACCCGUUAGAAGGCAGCCAGCCUAGUGAAGGGGAUACUUUCGACGAGUCUUCUUCAGGCGGUGCAUCUUGGAUAUCCGCUGUUAUUAACCUCCUCAAUACAAUUGUUGGCGCUGGUAUUCUGGCCAUGCCAUUUGCCAUGAAACAAAAUGGUAUUCUGCUGGGCUCACUAUUGAUUCUGUUAUCGGGCAGCGCGGCUGCUUCGGGUCUUUACCUACAAGGCCUGUGCUCAUCAUUUUUGCCGCGCGGAAAGGCAUCCUUUUUUGCAGUUGCUCAAAUCACAUACCCAUCUCUGUCGGUUGUUUUUGACCUGGCAAUUGCCGUCAAAUGCUUUGGCGUUGGCGUGUCAUAUCUCAUCAUUAUUGAAGACCUGAUGCCCCAGAUUUCAGACUUUUUCGGAUACUCAGGGGUUUUCCAAAGCCGUCUUUUUUGGCUCACCAUAGCUAUGGCCAUCUCAGGACCUCUGUCGUUUCUGCGGAAACUAGACUCACUCAAAUAUACAUCGCUGGUUGCCCUGCUGAGUGUUGGGUAUCUGAUUGUUCUUGUAGCUGUACGUUUCUUUAUUGAACCUCUACCGCCAACAAGCGACAUCAACUUUGUUUACCCACAAAGCUUUUCUUCAGUGCUGUCUGUUUUGCCUGUGCUAAUUUUCGGUUUUACAUGUCAUCAAAAUAUGUUUUCUGCCGUUAAUGAGCUGGGUGGUAAGCGUACCGAGUCUGUGUUUGUGACUAUUGUCGCGUCAUCUAUCUACCCUGCGGCUGCCAUGUACUUACUGGUUGGUAUUGUUGGGUACUUGACAUUUGGCUCGUCGGUGGGCGGCAAUGUGAUUGCUAUGUACCCAUACUCGCUCAGCACCAUUGUAGGUCGGCUUGCAAUUGUUGUUCUUGUAUUGUUUUCAUACCCGCUACAGGCUCACCCAUGUCGUGCAUCGGUUGCCAAUGUGGUUCACUGGGUCAUUUCUCGAGUGCGAUCCGAUAAUGGAAGCUACUAUUUUGCGACUUUGGAGCGUGAAGAGCCCGAGCUAGAGGUUGUAUCUCAAUAUUCUGUACGGUCAGUGCAUGUAUCACAUUUGAGCCUUGGGAUGCACUUGGGCGUUACUUUAGUGAUUAUAAUUUUCAGUUUCAUUACGGCUUCUAAGGUGACUUCGCUGGAGGUCAUGCUGGCUUUUGUUGGUUCUACAGGAAGCACGGCCAUUUCGUUUAUUCUGCCGGGACUUUUUGGUUAUGCGUUGCUUAAGAAACUGGUACUCACAGGCUCAGCACCAGACUUUAACCGUAAGUUUUAUGGCUCCGACGAACCGAGCGAACGCAGCAGUUAUCUUAGUAAAUCCCGGGUGAUUAAGAACCUGGCGUUUGUGUUGUUUGUACUGGGUGUGUGUUUGAUGGUUUUAUGCCUCGGUAUCAACCUGUGGCUGCGUUGGUAA